AUGACAUCAAAGACUUGCAAGUUCUUCCUAACUUGGUGGCUAACCCAGCAGGUGACUGGCCUGACAGGGCCUCCCAUGCUAGACAUGGCUCCCAAUGCAUUUGAUGAUCAGUAUGAGGGCUGUGUCGAAGAAAUGGAGAAAAGGGCACCCCAACUAUUACAAGAAGACUUCAACAUGAAUGAGGGAUUAAAGCUUGAGUGGGAAAAAGCAGAGAAACAAUGGGAGGAUAUAAAAAGUAGUAUGAGUUAUCCUGAAGGUUUCCGUGAUACCCAUGGAACAGCUCUAGUUGCCUACACUGGGAACCUUGCUAUAGAUUUUAACAGAGCUGUUAGAGAAUUCAAGAAAAAUCCAGAUAACUUCCACUACAAAGGCUUCCAUUACUACUUAACAAGAGCUCUGCAGCUUUUGAAUAACCAGGGUUGUCAUUCAGUUUUCCGAGGCUCUAAGACCGAGUUUCAUUACACUGGGAAGGGCUCUGUGCGCUUUGGGCAGUUCAGUUCUUCAUCCUUAUCUAAGAGUGUAGCUCUUUCCACAUCAUUUUUCAGUGUUCCUGGGACACUGUUUAUCAUCAGAACCUGCCUGGGGGUUAAUAUCAAAGAAUUCUCCUCAUUCCCUCGUGAAGAGGAGGUGUUAAUUCCAGGCUAUGAAGUAUAUCACAAAGUCACAACACGACAUGAAAAAGGGUACAACCAAUUUUUUCUGGACUCCCCGCAAAGGAAGAAGAGCAACUUCAACUGUUUCUAUAAUGGUCCUGCUGAAAUAGACAAUAUUCAUUUCAUCAUCUCAGGAUCCAGAGAGAGCUGUAUAUCCCUGUUCCUUGUAGUUCUCCUCGGUCUUCUGGUCCAGCUGCUUGCUCGUGCAGAGCUGUAG